GGUAUCUUUGAGGACAGCGAAGAACAUUGCGCCCUGUGCUGCGUGGCCUCUGCCAGCGCUCCCCGCGGCUGCCUGGCUCAAGGAGAGUUCCCGUCCUGGUCGCGACCAGCUUUUUGUCUGGGCGCACACCGCUACGUCAUCAGCAGAGGUCGGUCGCCGCGAUGUCUGGGAGCAUGGGCAUCCAGGUGUAUUACGCCGCCGACACCAAGUCGCUCAUGCCGACGGUGACGGCCGCGGACGUCGCCACCGCGACGCCGAUGACGCCGGAGCAGAUCGCGGAUAUCUUCCCCCACGGGCUGCCGGACGGCUUCUACCCCAUGAUCUGCGGCACGUCGUACACGGCGCCGGCGGCGGCGCCGCUGGCUGAGAUGAAGGAGGCUGCUCAGGCCGUCUUGCCGGUGGAGGGGAAGAAGGAGAAGAAGGAGAAGAAGAAGUCGUCGAAGAAGGUCAAGACCAGCAAGAAGAAGAGCAAGGGCUGCUGCUGAGUGCCCGUAAUUUUUCCAUGGCAAGGAGGGGUAUGAGUAGAUCGGCGAGUUGAACUUGUGAAUUCGAUGCUAGCUGAACGUCGCCAGUUGCGAGAUGCGUAUCGCGGAGGAGGC